AGAAAAGAGAUGAUGAGUCGGCCGGGGGCGCCGUCGCCGCCUCACCGCCUCCCGAUUCCGCGACGGCCCGCAGCCACAGGCCACCGGAUAACGCACGGCGGAACCAUCCAAAAACGCGGGAGCUUUUCCAAUUUCCCCAUCAAAACCCCACCCGCAUCGCGCCAAUCAACCAACACCGGGAGCAGCAGCAACCAGCAACUCAAUCACGCUCCCCUUCCCCUCCCCUCCCCUCCGGCUUCCGCGGAACUAGGGCUAGAAGCCGCCAUGCAGCCCGACGCCAACGCCCCCUCCCACCGCCUCGCCCGCGUCGCCGCGCACCUGCGCCCGCAGAUGGAGGAAGGCGCGGUCGCGUUCGCGCUGAGGCCCGCGGUGUGCCGCGCCAAGGGCGGCGCGCCGGGGUUCAAGGUCGCGAUCCUGGGCGCCGCGGGCGGGAUCGGACAGCCGCUGUCGCUGCUCAUGAAGAUGAACCCUCUCGUGUCCGUGCUCCACCUCUACGAUGUCGUCAACACUCCCGGGGUCACCGCCGAUAUCAGCCACAUGGACACCAGCGCUGUGGUCCGUGGCUUCCUUGGGGCGCAGCAGCUUGAUGCAGCACUUACAGGAAUGGACCUUGUAAUCAUACCCGCUGGUGUCCCUAGGAAACCAGGAAUGACAAGGGAUGAUUUAUUCAACAUAAAUGCUGGGAUUGUUCGUACACUUUGUGAAGGCGUUUCAAGAUGCUGCCCUAAUGCAAUUGUGAAUUUGAUCAGCAACCCAGUGAACUCAACUGUCCCCAUUGCUGCUGAGGUUUUCAAGAAAGCUGGAACUUAUGAUCCUAAGCGUCUUCUUGGAGUGACAACGCUCGACGUUGCGAGGGCUAACACCUUUGUGGCCGAAGUGCUUGGAGUUGAUCCAAGAGAUGUCAGUGUUCCUGUUGUUGGUGGGCAUGCUGGGGUAACUAUAUUGCCCCUCCUCUCCCAGGUCACACCUCCAAGCUCAUUCACUCAGGACGAAAUCAAAUAUUUGACAGACCGCAUACAGAAUGGUGGCACAGAAGUUGUGGAGGUGCAAUGCUAUUUGACUUUACUGCCUGAAGCAAAGGCUGGAUCAGGUUCUGCGACUCUGUCAAUGGCUUUUGCUGCUGCAAAAUUUGGUGAUGCAUGCUUGCGAGCUAUGCGGGGCGAUGCUGGCAUUGUGGAAUGCUCAUAUGUUGCAUCAGAGGUGACAGAACUGCCGUUCUUUGCCUCGAAAGUGCGGCUUGGCCGUGGUGGAGCUGAGGAGAUCCUCCCGCUUGGACCUUUGAAUGAUUCUGAGAGAGCUGGUCUGGAAGCGGCAAAGAAGGAACUGAGCGAGAGCAUUCAGAAGGGCAUCGCUUUCGUGAACAAGUGAAGUGAUACGAAGGGAUCGCCAUGAGAUCCGAUCCGGACCAUACAUAGAUAUUAGAAUAGAUGUAAGAGUGUUGUGAUAUAGUGCCCCUAUACCUGUAAUAGUACCACUUUUGUAAGACCACAGUAAAGAAAAUAAGGCUAAUUAUUAGCAACUGUAACAAUUUCCUGGGCAUGGAAUAAAUCUUUGGUCUUCAUUAUCAGACAACACAAAUGUGUUGUCACUUAUUCA